AGAAGAGACGCCAUUCCGAGGCGUUGUGCCGAAACACUGGGAAUAUUUAUACGACAGUAUUUCUGGUCUGAAAUCGUUCUUAAACUCUCUGAAUAAAGACAAAUUUGGGACACUGCCUCUAAAAUGAGUCUCAACGAGGAGAGAGAGGAGGAGAGCACUACCUCAAAAACAAGUUUAUGUGAGCAGACAGAAGAGUGUGCUGCUUAUGAGCACCAAACGCAAAGAGCAGCAUCUGCAGGAUCAAGUUGUGUGUCUAUGAAGAAUGAUGAAUACAUGAAGAGUCCCGCAUUCAGUGAUGGUGCAGAAACUUGUGACUUCAGGAGGAAGAGAAAAACCGCAGCAUCUCCAGAACCUAGCUUUGUGUCUAUGAAGAGUGAUGACUCUAUGGUGAAUCCCCCUGAAUUUAGUGAUGGAGCAGUGACCUCUGACCCUUUUGGGGAUGCAUAUAAGAUAAUCAGAUCUGUGGAGUUCUGCCAGUCUCAUAUCAGGCAACAAGAUACAAAUCCAGUCAUGCUGGAGGAGACUGAAAACCUGCACCAACCAGUAGAUGAUGUUUUUCAGAGAGUCAAAGACCAACACAAAACCAUCAUGAAGAACAAGUAUGAGAGCUUAUUUGAGGGAAUCAAACUACAAGAGAAUCAAACGCUCCUGAACAGGAUUUACACACAGCUCUACAUGAUAGAGGGAGAGAGUGAAGGGGUGAAUGAAGAACAUGAGGUUUUACACAUGGAGAAAACAGCAAGAACUCAACACUUACAAGGCACUCAAAUCUACUGCAAUGACAUCUUUAAAUCUGAAGCAGGAUGUGAGGAGAAGAGAACAGAGCAAAUAAAGUCUGUUCUUACGAAAGGCAUCGCUGGAAUUGGAAAAACCGUCUCUGUGCAGAAGUUCAUUCUGGACUGGGCCGAGGGAAGAGCCAAUCAGGAUGUAGAUUUCAUGUUUGUGCUUCCAUUUCGAGAGCUGAACUUGAUUAAAGAUGAGCAGUACAGUCUUCACAAACUUCUGCUGGACUUUCAUCCUGAACUUCAUGAUCUGGACUCAAAGAUUUAUAAUGAGUGUAAAGUUGUGUUCAUCUUUGACGGUCUGGAUGAAAGCAGAAUUAAACUGGAGUUUUCAGACAUUGAGAAAGUUUCUGAUGUGACUGAGACUUCAUCAGUGGGUGUGUUUAUGUCAAGCCUCAUCAAAGGAGAUCUGCUUCCCUCCGCUCUCAUCUGGAUCACCUCCAGACCAGCAGCAGCCAAUCAGAUCCCCUCCAAAUACAUCAAGCGUGUGACUGAGAUUCAGGGAUUCAAUGACCCUCAGAAGGAGGAAUAUUUCAGGAAGAGAAUCAGUGAUGAGCAUCAAGCCAGCAAAAUCCUCUCACACAUUAGAAGAACAAGAAGCCUCCACAUCAUGUGCCACAUACCAGUCUUCUGUUGGAUCUCAUCCACUGUGCUUCAAAACAUCCUGAAACAAGAUGACAGUGCAGAAAUCCCUCAAACUCUGACUGAAAUGUACAUCCACUUCCUGCUCAUUCAGAUCAAUAUGAGGAAUCAGAAGUAUGAUGAGAGAGAUCCAGAGAAACUUCUGCAGUCCAACAGAGAAGUGAUUGUGAAACUUGCUGAACUGGCUUUCAAACAGCUGAUGAAGGGUAAUGUCAUGUUCUAUGAGGAGGACCUGAUUGAGAGCGGCAUAGACAUCACUGAUGCCUCAGUGUAUUCUGGGAUCUGCACUGAGAUCUUUAAGGAGGAAUCUGUGAUUUAUCAGAGGAAAGUCUAUAGAUUCAUACAUCUGAGCUUUCAGGAGUUUCUGGCUGCUUUCCAUGUUUUUCACUAUCUUGUAAGCACAACUAUGGAUGCCCUGAAAUCUUUUGCUUCACUACAUAAUUUGCUCAAAGGAGCAGUAGAUGAAGCUGUUGUGAGUGCAAAUGGACACCUGGAUCUUUUCCUGCGAUUCCUGCUGGGCAUCUCACUGGAGUCCAAUCAGAGACUCUUACAGGAUCAACUAACACAUAUAGAGAACAGCUCAGAGAGCAUCAAGAACAUUUCACAGUACAUUAAAGACAAAAUCAAGAAUGACAAACGUCUUUCCACUGGAAGAUCCAUCAAUCUGUUCCUCUGUCUGCUGGAGAUGAAAGAUCAGACUCUGUACAGUGAGAUUCAGGAGUUUGUGAAAUCAGACAAACACUCAGAAAAUAAACUCACUCCUGCUCAAUGUUCUUCAAUCGCCUACAUGCUUCGGAUGUCAGAGGAGGUGAUGGUUGAGCUGGACCUGAAGAAAUACAACACAUCAGAGGUGGGUAGAAGAAGACUGAUACCAGCUGUGAGCAACUGCAGAAAAGCUCUUCUUGCUGGCUUUAAUGUCACUGGUCAGCACUGUGAAAUUGUAGCUUCAGCUCUACAGUCAUCAAACUCCCUCCUGAGAGAGCUGGAUCUGAGUAACAAUGACCUGGAGGAUUCAGGAGUGAAGCUGAUUGCUGAUGGACUGAAGAACACAAACUGUAAACUAGAGAUUCUGAGAUUAUCUGGUUGUAUGGUGACAGAAGUUGGCUGUUGUCAUCUAGCUUCAGCUCUGAGUUCAAACCCUUCACACCUGAAAGAGUUGGAUCUGAGCUACAAUCACCCAGGAGAAUUAGGAGUCAAUCUGCUCUCUGAGAGACUCAAUGAUCCAAACUGCAAACUGGGCAAACUCAAGUUGUACCCUAAUGAACAAUCCAGAAUCACACCAGGACUACUGAAAUAUUUCUGUGAGCUCACACUGGAUCCAAACACAGCACACCCUACCCUCUUACUGUCUGAGGACAAAAGAAAUGUGACACGUUUGAUUGAAGUUCAGUCCUAUCCGGAUCAUCAAGACAGAUUUAAGCACUAUGAGCAGGUUCUGUCUGAACAGAGUCUGACUGGACGCUGUUACUGGGAGGCUAAAUUGACUGGUGGGGGUCACAUAGCAGUGACAUAUAAAGAUAUCUGUAGAAAACAAGGCCGUGACAGUCGGUUUGGACUCAAUGAAAAGUCCUGGAGUCUUUACUGGACUAAAAACGGUAAUGUUUGCUCUGCAAGUCACAACAAUAAGAACACUUACGUUCCUCCCCCUUCACCCUCCUCUGACAGAAUUGGAGUGUAUCUGGACCGGUCAGACGGCAUUCUGUCCUUCUACAGCGUCACUGACACACACACACUCACACACUUACACACAUUCAACACCACAUUCACUGAAGACCUCUAUGCUGGAUUUAGGCCUUAUCCUGAUUCCUCAGUGACUUUAUGCUACAGCCCAAGACGAGGAAAUACUGAAAAUAAUUCACUCUAGACUCAUGCAUUUACGUAUCUAUCACAGACAUUGUGAUUUAACAUUUACGGAUUGCCACCAAUUUACUUAAAUUUUAAGUGCCUCACUGUAACCUAGAUUAAUUCCUUUUUAAAGAAAAGGAGGCAUGAGUCAAAAUUGUAUUUUUGUGUUUAUCGACAUUAAGCCAGAAAUGCUUACUGUUGAGCUUAAAGCAGAACUAUGUCAUUUUUACGACAUUACUGCCACCAAAGAGAAUUGCAAAAAUAUACAAUAUUUUCAAAACAGCUGUGUGAGUACACCCGUAACCUGCCAUUGGCCAAACAGAGAGAUUGUCCUGCCCCCGAUGUGUGCCAUUGGUCAAAUUAAUGUAGGUGGGUGGGGUCUAAGUGAUUGCUCAAAACAAACAGGAACUAUUAUAGUUUUCAUGAAAAUUAACCUCUUAAUAUAGUUGUCUUUGCAUAAUAAACUGAGAUAGAAGAACAUAUUUUAACACUGAAAAAAGUUACAUACUUUAGAUUUAACUUGUUUUAUUCUAUUGAACAUAAAAUAUUCCUUUUUUAAUGAUUUAAUUGUCGAUGAUUGAAGCUGAUCUCAGGGUUGUUAUCAUUGCAACAGAUCCAAAAACUUAAACCUGCUUGGGACACAUACAGUGUGUGAGUUUCAGAAAACCUGCAAUCAAUUAAAAAUUCAGACAUGGAGCUGUUGCUUCUUACAGUAAGAAAUGAAAAAUGUAACAACAUGUAUUUCAAUUUGUACCAUAGCCGACCAGCACUGGAUUAGUUUGUUUGAUCAUUUCUGAUUGUACAGUAUACUUAUACAUGUAAUUAUUUUGAUUCAGCUUGCUAGAUAAAGUUUGCCUUUGUGAUAUUAUAAGUAUAAAAUGUCAAUUUAUGAUGUUACAGCUUCACUUUAAAUGUGAUAAUAUAUUUCCUAAUACUAACUUUAACAGUACAGUCUAAUAGUGUCCAAUAUGAUUUCAUUUAAUUCAUGCAGCGUAUUUAAUUUUCACUUUAGUAUAACUGUCAUGAAUGUGAAUCUAGUCCCUCUCACUGCCGAAUGGGAGAGAAAGAUACAUAUUUACUCUUGUGUACAGUCAUGGUUUGACUAGAAAAAAAAAACAGAAUCAUGCAGCUAAUAAUUUCAUGCAGCUAAAACCACAAAUGAGCAAGAGACUGUUCCUAACUUCAUUUUAUGGUGUUUGUUUGUCCUCUGUUUAAUAAGUAUCUCUUGUUGUUGUAUCCCUCACUUGUAAAUAACUGUAGAAUGGCUGGCUGUAAAUGUUAUUGAAACAGAAAGGAAGCCACACAGCAAUGCACAAUUCUGAAAGCUUUAUAUCCUAUGUAUUUUAACUAACUUAAGCUCAUUAGUGAGAUUUGUGAUGGUGAUGGUGGUGGUGGGAUAGGGGUCCACCAAACAUUUGAGGUUAUGAAGGGGGUGUCCUUUGUUCAAAAACAUUUGAGAGUCCAGUAGAUCUGCUAUAUGAACUAUAUAAACAAAUUAUUGUGGCUUUAUUGCUUAAUGUUUUCAGCAUUGUUGUUAUGAAUUAGUUAAAGAUCGAUAUGUUUGAGUAUAAAAUUUAUUUUUGUGGGGCACGAUACAUUUGAAGAGAUGUUCCUUUACACCAGGGAUUGUCAAAGGGGAUGGUACCGCCCCCCAGGGGGCCUUCAAAGAAUGCCAGGGUGUGCUUAUGUUACAAAUAAUAACUCUUAAUAAUCAAAUCUAUUGUCAAGUUCAUCUUUGCAUUAAAUCGUUUAUCUAGACUUGGAUUAUAUCAGUUGGUUCUCAAUUAUACAGGUUGAUAUGCGUUUGUAUUGCAGUUCAUCUGAUUCUGAAGUCUAGUUAUGUAUCUGAAGAAUCAGAUUUAGCAGCAUCAAAUACACAGGUUUGAGCCACAACCUCGGCUAAUGCACCUGAAUGACUUUGUUGAUGGAUACGGCUCAAUGGACAGAGCAGAGAAAAGGUGUGUUUUUACACGCAGACCGGUCUCGAGCCCUUAAACAUGCAGCUCUGUGAGAAUCAGUGAAAAAAAGGUGCGAGCAGAGGAAACCAUUUCAAUUUGCACAGAAUUCUUCAUAACCACCCUUGAAUGUACUAUAGUAACACUAACUGUACAUUAGGGAGAAAUACAUUGAUAAUAAAUAUUAUCAUAUCACUACUUCAACUCUAUUAAAUUUGUCAUAGGCUACAUUAGGGAGUGAGGGAAUAUGAUUGAUUUUUGUUUCAGCUUAUAAAUAUUUAUAUUUUGUUUUUAUUGUUUUUAAACGUGGUUAGAAUAGGUCUUCUGUUUAUCAUUUAAAAAAUGCCAUAGUUUGUUUUAUAGAAAUCAUGUUACAUUUAACCACUGUGUUUUUACCAUUGUUAAACCUAUCAAAUAAAUAAUUAAUGAAUACAUACAAAUUUAAAAAAGUUUAAAUGCUAAAUAUUUUUUUUUAAGAUGAAAUAAAAAUGUAUAAAUAAAAA